AUGGCCGCUUCUGACGAUGUGACCGGAGGAGAUGCACCGACUUCGCCGGUUAUUAACAGUGAAGACGACAGUUGGUGGUCAUUCAGAAGUUGGCUUAAAUGGUGCCCAACAUCAGAAUUUGAUCUUUAUAAAGCUGAGAAAAAAGUGCUCAAACAUGUGAAGACCAAGUUUGAAACCAAACACAUCAACACAGUGGAUGGGCAAAGGAUAUGGACUUUAAUAGUUAACUCAGACAAGUCGUCGAAAGUACCGCUUGUCUUUGUGCAUGGUUUUGGAGGUGGUAUUGGACUAUGGGUUCAAAAUAUUGACAAAAUGUCAAGUAGCCGUCCCUUUUAUGCUUUCGAUUUACUGGGUUUUGGAAGGAGUUCCCGACCGUCUUUUCCGACGGACUCCUGGCAAGCUGAGGAUCAAUUUGUUGACUCCAUUGAAAAUUGGCGAAAAGCUAUCAACCUGGAUAGGUUUAUUCUUGCUGGACACAGUCUAGGUGCUUUCUUAGCAUGCUCAUACAGUAUUAAAUACCCAGAGAGAGUGCGACAUGUAGUGUGCAUCGACCCGUGGGGGUUUCCUGAAAAACCACAAGAAUCUGAGAUGGAAAGACGAGUGCCUAUGUGGGCAAGAGCUGUUGGAUCAUUACUGAAACCAUUCAAUCUGCUUGCUGGUCUCCGGGCUGCAGGACCCUUAGGUCCUAGGUUGGUGCGAAGAUUUCGACCUGAUUUCCAGAAUAAAUUUUCUAUUUUCGAGGACGACACUAUAUACAAUUACAUUUAUCACUGCAAUGCCCAAACUCCGAGUGGUGAGAUUGCAUUUAAGCAAAUGCAGAUACCCUGGGGAUGGGCCAAGAAUCCUAUGAUUAAGAGGAUUAGAGCGCUGCAGUCGGAUAUCCCGAUGACGUUCAUCUACGGAUCCAGGUCCUAUAUGAAUUCCUCAAUGGGACAAAGUACAAAAUACAUCAGAAAUAACUCUCAGGUUGAUGUACAUAUUGUCCAGGGUGCUGGCCACCACGUCUACGCAGAGAAACCAGAUGAAUUCCACUACAUUAUGCUAAAAUUACUGAAAGAUAGCUGUGAUCAAUCUCGUCAAUACUGUAGGUUUAAAUGGAUCCCAACCUCAGCAUCGUUGCUGGAAGCAGCAGAGACAAGAAUUUUUCGAUAUUUGAAGGCAAAAUAUGAGGGUCGAUUUGUACCAAUAAGUCGUAAUCAAAGCAAAUUAUGGACGGUAAUGUUUCAUUCAAGAUAUAGCACUAGAACACCUUUUGUAUUUGUGCAUGGCUUUGGAGCAGGAGUUGGUCUAUGGGCUCUUAAUAUUGACUCAGCAUGCAAGCAACGGCCUCUCUAUGCUUUUGAUCUUCUCGGUUUUGGCCGUAGCUCAAGACCGACAUUCCCGAAGAAUCCAGCUGCAGUGGAGGACCAAUUCGUUUACAGCAUUGAGAGAUGGAGAGAAGAGCUGAAGCUGGAUAAAAUGAUUUUAGUUGGACAUAGUUUUGGUGGUUAUCUCGUUAGCAGCUAUGCUUUGAAAUAUCCAGACAGAGUUAAAAAGCUGGUCUUAGUUGAUCCAUGGGGAUUCCCGGAGAAACCAUCAAACUUUGAAUCCAGAAUACCAUUAAUAGUACGAAUUAUCGCCAAUAUUGUGUUAUCCACAACUGGUACCAUGUUGGCUGUUCUUAGAGCUGCUGGACCUUAUGGUAAUUAUUUUGUUUUUUAG